AUGUAAGGUCAAACCUCCAUAUUUUUAACCAGAAAAUAUUUAGGAGUAUUCCUUUGAUAGAUUCAAGGGAUUUGGUCAGAUUAAGUUCAAGAGUGAGUUCAUGAAAACAUAAACACAGCAGCAUUAGGGAACAAAGAAUCCAGCUCCUUACUCAGAGCUGCUCUACCGGUUUGAAUCUACCGGUUUCAGCCUGACUGAGACAAACGAGGAAGAUGUUCCCUGGAAUGGACGUUUUCUUAAACCCUGGUUUGGUUUGAGGUGAUUCUCAUGAAAACCAACAGAGAAGAAAGUGAGAACAUAAUUCCACCAUGAGUUUGUCUCAAGAAAAAGAGAGAGCGCUUUUAUCUCCAAAUGACAACAAGGACAGACCUGAGAGGCCGGAUCGAGAAAGAUGUCCAUCCCCAAGCUCUCUGUCCAUAAAAAGCGAAAGGUCUAUGGAUUAUCCUUUAAAGUUCAAACAGUCUGACCAAGGACGAUAUCCCUCCCCAAGCUCUGUGUCCAUAAAAAGUGAAAAAUCAAUGGAUUAUCCUCUGAAGUUCAAACAGUCUGACGUGGGUGGAUGUGCAUCCCCGAGCUGUGUGUCCAUAAAAAGUGACAAAUCUAUGGAUUAUCCUCUAAAGUUUAAACAGUCUGACCAGAACAGAUGUCCAUCCCCAAGCGGUUUGUCCAUAAAAAGUAACAAAUCUAUGGAUUAUCCUCUUAAGUUCAAAGAGUCUGACGUGGGAGGAUAUACAUCCCCAAGCUGUGUGUCCAUAAAGAGCGACAAAUCUAUGGAUUAUCCUCUAAAGUUUGAACAGUCUGACCAGAAAAGAUGUCCGUCCCCAAACUGUUUGUCUGUCAAAAGUAACAAAUCUAUGGAUUAUCCUCUUAAGUUCAAACAAAGCUACCAACAACCAUCAGAGAGUCUCACAGUUCGACAACAACAACUGGAUUCAGUUCUCACGAUGCUUGAGGAGAACAUUGUUGAAUUUAUAAGAAAAGAGCUGAAGACGUUCCAAAGCCUUUCACAAAAUUACAAAGAAACCAGGCAGAGCCAGGGAGAAGAUGCAGGUGAGAAGAGGAGCAGCAAAGACGCUUUUCUAAGCAUCAUUCUAAAGUUUCUAAGGAGGAUGGAGCACAUGGAGGUCGUCCCCUCUCUGCUGAAAAGUCUCCUCAUAUGUCGGUGUGAGGUGAAGGAAAAUGAUGACAUAAAACCAACACCAGAUAGGUCUGAACAGGGAAACAUAAAGCCUAUCCAUUAUCCAGCUGGGUUCAAACAAGAUCAUCAGAACCCAUCAGAGGACUUCAAAACCCACCAAACAACCCUCAGCUCAGUUUUUCAGAAUCUUGAGGAGGAUAUUAUAAACUUUGCCAAGAACGAGCUGAAGAUUUACCAUGAGAUUUUAAACUCAGAUUGCCCCGAAUCCUUUGAGAACCAAGAGGUAGAGGAGGUUAUUUAUGAACAUGAGGAAGAAAGGAAAAACAUGAAGAAGGCGUUUUUGGAAAUUUCUCUUGAAUUUAUGAGAAACAUGAAGCAAGAAGAUCUUGGUCAAGUCCUGCUGAACAGGAGUGUGGUAACCAUGUGUCAGCAUACACUUAAAUCUAACCUGAAGAGCAGGUUCGCCUACAUGUUUGAAGGAAUAAACACAGAUGGAAACCCAACACUUCUCAACCAGAUCUACACCGAGCUUUAUAUCACUGAAGGAAACCCUGCGGAGGUUCACAGUAAACAUGAGGUGAAGCUGAUUGAAAGAGCGUUUUUGAAACCAACCAAACCAGAAAUAACGAUUAGACGUGAGGACAUCUUCAAACCCUCCACAGUGAAAGAUAAACCAAUCCGAACAGUGAUGACAGAGGGAGUGGCCGGCAUUGGGAAAACAGUCUUGACCAAGAAGUUUGUAUUGGACUGGGCAGAAGGCAAAAUUUACCAAAAGUUCCAGUUCAUGUUUCCAUUAACUUUUAGAGAAUUAAACAUAUUGAUGAGGAAAAAGCUUAGUUUGGUUGAACUUAUUCACCUUUUCUUUCCUGAAAUCAAAGAAGCAGGAAUCAACAGCUUUGAAGACUUUAGAGUGUUGUUCAUUUUUGAUGGUCUGGAUGAGUGUCGACUUCCUCUGAACCUGAAAACCGAGGAGAUCCUGACUGAUCCUGCAGAACCCGCAUCAUUAGAAGUUAUGCUGACAAACCUUAUCCGGGGUAGGUUACUUCCCUCAGCUCACAUCUGGAUCACAACUCGGCCUGCAGCGGCACAUCAGAUCCCGCCUGAGUUUGUUGACCUGGUGACCGAAGUCAGAGGAUUCAACGACCCUCAGAAGGAGGAGUACUUCAGAAAGAGAUACACUGAAGAAGAGGAGAGCAGGAGGAUCAUUUCUCACAUCAAAGCAUCAAGAAGCAUCUUCAUCAUGUGUCACAUCCCUGUCUUCUGCUGGAUCUCGGCUACCGUUCUGGAGGAUGCAUUUAAAACCAAGGAGAAAAGAGACUUACCCAAGUCCCUGACAGAGAUGUACGUCUCCUUCCUGGCGGUUUUAUCCAAAGUAAAACAUCUCAAAUAUGAUCAAAGAACAGACACAGAUCCUAUCUGGACUGAGGAGACCAGGGACGUGAUUCAGUCUCUGGGGAAACUGGCAUUUGAACAACUAAUGAAAGGAAACCUGUUCUUCUAUGAAUCUGACCUGACGGAGUGUGGCAUCGAUGUCAUAGCCGCCUCAGUUUAUUCAGGAUUGUUCACUGAGAUCUUUCUGGAGGAGAAAGGGCUCUUUCAUGAGAACGUUUUCUGCUUUGUCCACCUGAGCAUUCAGGAGUUUCUGGCUGCUCUUCAUGUCUAUCUGACAUUCACCAACACUGGAGUCAAUCUACUGUCAGGAGACACUUCAACUUCUACCACCUUUGAGGAUUUAUACCAGUGUGCUGUGGAAAAAGCUUUACAGAGCCCAAAUGGACAUCUGGAUCUGUUCCUUCGGUUCCUCGUGGGUCUCUCACUGAAAACCAAUCAGACGUUCCUGGAAGGCCUCAUUACAGUAAAAGAAACAGGAAGCAGCUCCAUAGAGCACACUGUCCAGUACAUCAAGAAGAAGAUUGGAGAGAACGUUUGCAUUUUGAAGAACAACAACUUGUUUCAUUGCCUGAAUGAGCUAAAAGACUGUUCACUAAUGGAAGAGAUCCAAGCCUACCUAAGACCAGGGAGGCUACCAGCAGACAAACUGACGCCUGCUAAGUGGGCAGCAUUGGUCAACAUUAUAUUGUCAUCAGAGCAAAAGUUGGAGACAUUUUACCUGAAAAAGUACUUUGAAUCAGACAAGGCUUUACUGGGCCUUGUAACAGUGGUCAUAAAUUCCACCAGGGCAGAGAUGAGUUCCUGUAAUCUCACCGAAAUUGGCUGUGAUGGUUUAGCCUCGGCUCUCCAGUCCAAAUGUCUAGUUCUGACGGAAUUGGAUCUCAGUAACAACGACCUGAAAGAUUCAGGAGUGAAGCUGAUCUGUGAAGGCCUGAGCGUUCCUCACUGCACACUGGAAACUCUCAGCCUGUCAGGCUGCCUCAUCACAAAGGAAGGGUGUUUAGAACUGGUUUCCGCUUUAAAGUCCAAUCCCAACCACUUGAAAACCUUGGAUGUGAGCUACAACCAUCCAGAAGAAUCUGGAGUGAAAAAUCUUUUUGCAGCACAAGAGGACCCACAGGUUGCAUUGCAGACUCUCCGGAUCGAGCCGAAUGGGUCGAAGUUCCUAAAACCUGGUCUGAUGAAGUAUGCCUGUGAACUCAUGCUGGACCCGAACACUGCUCACAAGAACCUUAUACUGUCCGAUAACAACAGAAAAGUGACGAUGGGAGGAGAGAAGCAGCCAUAUCCUGAUCAUCCACAGAGGUUUGAUGUCUUGGAACAGCUGCUGUGUACAGAAGACCUUACAGGUCGCUGUUACUGGGAGAUUGAGUGGAGAGGAAGAGUUUACAUCUCAGCAACAUACAAGAAAAUCAAAAGGAAAGGAGAACGUGAUGAGUGCAGCCUUGGAGGGGAUGAUGAAUCCUGGAGCUUGCUGUGCUCUGAUGAUGGUCACUCUGGCCUGCAUGAAAACAAAAUAACUCCCAUCCAAGGAGCUCCUUCAAACAGAAUAGGAGUCUACCUGGACUGGCCUGGUGGCAGUUUGACCUUCUUUGGGGUGAUGUCUGGCAGAGUCACCCACCUUCAGACGUACCACACCAGAUUUACAGAGCCCGUGUUCCCAGCUUUCAGGAUCUCCACUGAGCCGCCAAAUUCAUCUUUGUUUUUCUGCAUUUAGCAGAACAUAUAAGGUCACACGCUCGUUAUUGAAUAUGGAAGGACAUUGCUUUUGUGGCAAAAUAUGUAACAGAGGGCCCAGAUGGGAUUCGAUUCCAGACUCUAUAAUGAAAGACAUGUUCCCUUAUAUUGAAAAGUAUAUAUCCCUUCGCUAAUUAGCCAGGAUGCACGAGGCAUAAUGACAGGACUCCACACUGUCACACAUUUAAGUGAAAAGAUGAUAAUUUUUACAAAUAUAAAUGUUGUUUUCUGAAUUAACAAAAUAGAUAAAAACUUUUCUAAAUUAACACGACAACAAAGUAAGCAAAUAUUAUAUAGUGAAGAGAAAAGCUUGUAGGCAAACAACCGUGCCAUGAGAAGCGCCCAGUGAGCAAGUCGACAAAAUAAUAGUGAUUGCAUCUACAUAACUAAUUCAAUCUGAGAAACUCACAUGAAGAGAAAAGACAAUUAUAAGAAAUUUAUUGACACAAUUACUCUUUGGCGCUCAGACCUCGGCAGGAAACAUAGAGCUUAAGUUUUAUCGAUAUGGAUGAACAGGAGCAAAGAAUAUGGCUUAAACUGGUGGUGGAGUGGAGAUAGAUGAAGUUG